AAACUUUGUUUUCAAACUGACGAAAAAACCGUGGUUGAGGAAGAUUAUGAAAGCAGUCACAUUUUAGUUCCCUGUCAAACGGCCCGAAGAUUUCGCGCUCUUGGGUAUCAGCGCUAGGCCACAGGGUAUUCUACUGUGUGGACCUCCGGGAUGCGGAAAAACGUUGUUGGCAAAAGCUGUUGCUAAUGAGACUGGCAUGAAUUUCAUCAGUGUGAAAGGACCGGAGCUUCUGAACAUGUAUGUUGGCGAGAGCGAACGUGCUGUGCGCACCGUGUUCCAAAGAGCGCGCGAUUCAUCGCCAUGUGUCAUAUUCUUUGAUGAAAUCGACGCCUUAUGUCCAAAAAGGUCACAAAAUGAAUCCACUGGUGGUGCCCGACUUGUAAAUCAGCUACUCACAGAGAUGGAUGGCGUUGAGGUGCGAAAGCAGGUUUUCCUCAUUGGCGCCACAAACCGGCCAGAUAUUGUUGAUCCAGCCAUCUUGCGCCCAGGUCGUUUGGAUAAAAUACUGUUUGUCGAUUUUCCAUCUCCUAGUGACCGAGCGGAUAUAUUGAAAAAGAAUACAAAGAGUGUUUUUUAUCUCUUCCAAGAGCAUCUUUAG